AUGACGGUGCUCUCGCUGGAUAUUUAUUUUGUGGUGCUGACGGAUGCCCGUUCUUCAGUGCCGUGUGGAGAGCUUGAGGUUGACGGCCAAAGAUUCCUGGUGCAAGCGUACCGCCAGACAAAGGCCUCUGCGCCUGCCCAUAUGACGGACCUCUACGGACUCUUCAUGGUCCUCGUCCGGACACCGGUGCCACUUUUCGAACUACUUGAUCGGCUGGACAGCCAGGUGUUGGAGUCGAUUCACCUCAAGGACUCGCUGACACAUCCUGAUGCGCCCUUCUACGUGCAUGUGCUGCCGACCCCGAACGUGGAGUCCAACCACGUCAGGUCCUUCUACGACCUGCACUGCGAUGCUCAGUACAAGGGCUUGGUCUCAGAGCACCAGGAGGCACAUCGGCCCCUGACCAUCGUGGAAGUGGGGACGCACCUGGGAGGCUGCGUGCUCUGGGCCAUGACGCAUCUGCCCCGACAGACACGUGCUCUGGCAAUCGAUGCAUACGGGCCGGCAGUUGCGGCUCUGAGACGCACAGUUGAGGCGAAUGGCUUUACAGACAGGAUGGCGGUGGUGGAGAGGUUUAUCUGCCCCGAGAAGAGAAAGUUCCAGGUCUCUUUGAGGCAGACCGGAACAUCCCUCGUGCAGCCCUCCUGGUCUGAGGCAACAGAGGAAUCCUCGCAGACCGUCGAGUGUUCCAGCCUCGAGAGCGUGUUGGAGGAGCACUCCAUUGCCGAGGUGGACCUCAUGCGCAUCCACGUCUUGGGCCGGGAGUAUGAUGCCCUCCGCUCCGCCGAGAGCUUUCUCCAGACGGCCAAGGCGGAGAGAUUAGUGUUUAGGGCUUAG